AUGCAGGCCUGCAGAGCCACGUCAGCAGCUCCCAGCAUCUUCAUGCCGGCUCUCGUUCGAUCGGUGGAUGGGCGGAGGGAGAUGGUGUGCGUGGAUGGGGGCAUGGUCGCCAACAACCCUAUGGUUCUGAUGGGGUGUGGCAUGGCCUGUAUUUUGCAGACUGUAGCAGCGUUCCUGCACAUCGUUGCCAACCCGUCCACCUUCAAACCUCCUGGAGAAAACAACGAAAAUGGUGCACACAACGGGGCAAGCACCAGUGCAAGCAAUGGUGCGAGCGGCAGUACAAGCAGCGCUGCAAAAAACGCUCCAAGCAACAAUGCAGACACUAACGACGAUGGGGAAACGGGAGGUGGGGAAAUCAAGGCAUCAGCCACAACACCUGUUUCUGCACUUCACGCCUCGUCUUCGGCACCUGCCGCUGAUGCAGAUUGGCUUUCACAGGCAACAGCAGCAGCGGGCACGAGUGCAGGGAAUUCGCGAGGAGAGAUCUCACCUGCAGCAGCAAUGGCUGGUGCAGCGUCUGCUGAUGCGAGCUGUUUGCUGGCUGGAGACGUGCAAGAGGCAGCAGAUCUGAGUGCGAGCCCGCUUCUUCAUGAUGCUGAGAAAGGAAAGGGAGGAGCAGAGAGAGAAGGAGAAAGAGGGGAAGCAGCGGGCAGCAGUGAGUCGUGUGAGGAGCCUCUGUCUCGAGCUCGGCUGACAUUCCGAGAUGUGGUGGUGCUGUCUCUGGGAGCAGGCGAGCACAUGCGGCGAUACUCUAUUGAUGAGGUGAAGAAGUGGGGACUGAUUGGGUGGGCAGAGCCGAUGGUGGAUGUGAUGGUGUGGGGAGGAGGCAACAUGGUGCAUGCUCAGAUGUGCCUGCUGGCUCUGGCAGAUGGGGCCAUAGACAACUACACUCGCAUUGACAUGAGUGUGGGCUACACACGCAUUGAGGUGAAUGGAGUGAGCAUUGAGCAGUGGAGUGGGAAGCUCAUCCGAGGUGCCCCACAGGGCAGCAUGGUGCAUGCGGAAAUCGCACGCAUGUCCUGCCAGUUGGCUGCUCCCAUCAACAUGGGAGGUGUGCAAUCCCUGCCGUCCAUCUCGACCAGGAUGGACAACGCAUCACAGAGGAACAUCCAGCUGCUGCAGCGAGUGGCAGAGGACGCUCUUAAAGCCCACGGCAACGUCGUCCCCUCGCUGGCGGGGGAGGUCUGCCAGCUGGCGCCCACCAAUGAGGAGCUCCUCGCUGCGCUGGCGGAUAGGCUCGUGGCGGAGUACAGGUGGCGGCGUGGGAUUGGAGGCUGA